CCAUUUUGAUGAUAAAAUCAUACUUUUUCUGCUCGCCAAACCCGUUAUAAACAAAUACGCACUACGGCAGCAUCAGAUUAACUUCAAACAUGUCCGCAAAUUCACCGUGCCGUGUUUGUAGUCAGGAGAAAUCAGUGGAUCAGCUGGUGGAUAUUUUUGAAACCAAUUGCCAUCCCGGCACGAUUGCUGAAAUGAUAAUCGAACUUACAGGAUUGAAGGUGAAGGAAAAUGAUGGUUUACCUAGCUUAUGUUGUGUGCAGUGCCACUCAGACCUCAUUAUCUCCAUCACUAUUCGUCGUAAAUGCAUCUAUUCAGAUAAUAUAAUGAGGGCCUUACUGCAGUCUACUUUUGUCCAAGCUGGAGCCCAUGGAUGCGUGGAUUUUGAUCACAUAAAACAGGAAGGUUCCGAUGUAGAACAUCUUGAACUCGAAAGUGAUGAGCUCGUUCUACCACCUGAAAUAUCAUUCGAAAAGGAUAAUUACAAACAUUACAAACUGAACAUCACAUCAACGACUGCUCAAGAUAUCAACGAACGCAUGGUAGCAGACGAUGGUUACAAAGAAUUUGGUGUUGGUAAAACAUAUAUCUCAAAUCCCCCAGUUGGAAACCCCGAAGAUAGUUUGAAUGGUACAAAAGAAGAAUCUUUGGCAUCUGCAGAGUUUGAAAAUAACCAAUGUAGCUUUUGUAAAACUAACUUCGUAGACUUUAGUUCUCUACAAGAGCACGCUGCGAAGUGUCACAACGGCGAAGCAUCCAAUCGAAACCGACAGGACGACAGCACUAGGAAAAGUGCUGAGUUCUGUUUCGUCAGUUUACCUGGAACCCGUUUAGUACAAGUGUCCAAAAGAAUUGCUGUUGCACCCGAAGAGCUAAACCAUGAGGAAGUCAUAGGCUGCUGUAUGUGCAGACGAACUUUCCAGAGCGAGGCAGAAUUAAUCGAACAUGGCAAAUUGGUGCAUGCCCCAAACUCUGCUCCGGCUAGUGAAAUCAAACCCUUCCAAUGCAACAUUUGCUACGCCUGGUUUAAGACCAAAGGCCUUGUGCAGAGCCAUCAAAAGAUAAAUCGUAAAAGGAAAUAUAAGUGCCCGACUUGUGGUAAGUUAUUCAAGGCCCGCACUGAUUUUGUGCGACACAAAAACAAGCACGAUAAAGAAGAUAUUUUCCCGUGCAAAUAUUGCACCAAACGGUUCGUAUCUGUAUAUAGAAGAUUAGCGCAUGAAAAAAAAUGCAACAAUCAAGAACAAAGGAACGAACAAAUAGGUAAGAAUGAAGAACAAACGCAGGAAAAAAUGUGCAACACACAAGAACAAACGAAGGAAACAGUUGGCAGCAAUCAAGAACAAACCCCGGAAACAAUACGCAAGAUUCCAGAACAGAGUGAAACUCCCGUUAACAUAUUGAACCGCAGAGUUAGGUAUCCAAUAGCUGACAAUGAAAUAAUAGAUAUUAAUUCAGUCAACCACGUAUGCUGUGGUUGCGGCAGAACAUUUGAUACGGAUGAUAUGAUGAUACAACAUGCAAAUCACGUGCAUGCUAAAAAAACACGCUUGGCAGAUGCUAGCAACCAAUUUAAAUGUAACAUCUGUUAUCAAACGUUUAAGACAGAGGACGAUUUAAACGAUCAUAAGAACAAAAAGCUCCCAAGAAAGUAUAAGUGUGCUACUUGUGGGGCACAAUUCGGUGUUCCUUAUGCCUUAGUACGACACAAAGGCAAGCACAGCAAAGAACCAACUCUGCCGUGUAAAUUUUGUGGCAAAUUGUUUGUUUCAGUUUAUCAGAAAUUACAGCAUCAACGAUACGAACAUAUAUUGAAAAGGCCAAACAAUGAAGAACAAACGCAGGAAGCAAAAGGCAAUAUUCAACAAGACGAACACAUAUUGGAAAAGUCAUCCAAAUGCUGUGGAUGCGGUUCUGACUUUGGAACGAAGAAUGAAUUACUGCAACAUGCACAAACGGUGCAUGCCCCAAAAGCCCUGGUAGACCCACGGAAGCCAGUUCGAUGCAAUAUCUGUUACAAAUCGUUUAAAACGGAAAUUAAUUUGCACCGCCACCAGAAUGCCCAGGGUCCGUAUCAGUGUGCGAUAUGUGGAAAAAUAUUCUCCAUACCUUCGAGCCUUUACAUGCAUGAAAUAGUGCACAACACAAAGGAAUUCGAAUGCGGACAAUGUGGGCAAACUUUCCACAGUAAAUAUGCUAGAACGAAGCAUAUACGAUUAACGCACAGAGCACAGGCGAGCCAUGUUUGCCCGACGUGUGGAAAGACUUACACUACCGCGAGCUAUCUUAGAGAACAUAUGAAUCUGCAUGAAGACAAACCGUUACAUAAAUGUUAUUGUGGCGCAGCAUUCAAGAUGAAGCAUUACUUAUACAGCCAUAUGGCAAAGGCACACUCCGGUCGAAACACGUGCCGAUUUUGCCAAGCUACCUUCAGAUGUCCAAGUGUUCUUAAAGGACACGAAAACGGGCACCUCGGGAUAAAGGAAUAUUUCUGCAGCGUCUGCAAUGAAGGUUUUUACUCACAAAAACAAUUAGGAAAACAUCGUGCCAAAUGGCACGGUCCGAAAAGCCGCAUAAAGAAACGAAAGCAGGCUAACAAAUCAAAUCCUAAACUAAUAGAGCUAGAAAAACAACUUUAAAAAAAGUUGUUUUUUUAACUCCAUCAUCUAAAGUGCGGUGUAUUCGUGUAGGGUCGUAUAAUUUGCAAAUAAAUAUCUUAAC